AGGAGGCAGAGGCAGCUACGCCCAUGCCCGGCGCACUCGCGGGGAAGAAGGAGGAGAAGCAGGUGGACGCGGGUGGCGGGCGGCAGGAGGAGAAGGAGGAGGAGAAGCAGGAGCCAAGGAAGAAAGGAAGGGAGGGAGAGAGCAAGGAAGGAAGGAAAGAAGGAAGGAAGGAAGGAGCGCCCUCAGAGCCGGAGCCAUGCUUGCCAACGCUGCCACCAUGCGGAUCCUCAUCAAAGGGGGGAAGGUCGUGAACGACGAUUGCACCCUGGAGGCUGACGUCUACAUCGAGAACGGCAUCAUCCAGCAGGUGGGCCGGGAGCUGAUGAUCCCCGGUGGAGCCAAGGUCAUUGACGCCACGGGCAAGCUGGUCAUCCCAGGGGGAAUCGACACCAGCACUCACUUCCACCAGACCUUCAUGAAUGCCACCUGCAUCGAUGACUUCUACCAUGGCACCAAGGCCGCCCUCGUUGGGGGCACCACCAUGGUGAUCGGGCAUGUGCUUCCAGACAAGGAUAUCUCCCUACUCGAUGCUUAUGAGAAGUGCCGCAGCCUGGCCGACCCCAAAGUGUGCUGCGACUACGCCCUGCACAUGGGCAUCACCUGGUGGGCACCAAAGGUGAAGUCGGAAAUGGAGACCUUGGUGCGGGAGAAGGGGGUCAACUCCUUCCAGAUGUUCAUGACCUACAAGGACUUGUACAUGCUACGGGACAGCGAACUCUACCAAGUCUUCCGUGCUUGCAAAGACAUCGGAGCCAUUGCCCGCGUCCAUGCUGAGAACGGCGAGCUGGUGGCUGAGGGAGCCAGGGAGGCCUUGGACCUGGGCAUCACUGGCCCGGAGGGAAUCGAGAUCAGCCGGCCAGAGGAGUUGGAAGCCGAAGCUACGCAUCGAGUCAUCACCAUUGCUAACCGGACUCACUGCCCUGUCUAUCUGGUCAACGUUUCCAGUAUGUCUGCCGGAGAUGUCAUCGCCACGGCCAAGAUGCAAGGAAAAGUGGUUUAUGCGGAGACCACCACGGCACACUCCACCCUGACCGGCUUGCACUACUACCACCAGGACUGGUCCCACGCAGCGGCCUACGUGACGGUGCCUCCCUUGCGGCUGGACACCAACACCUCCACCUACCUCAUGAGCUUGCUUGCCAAAAACGUCGUGGCCUCUGACCACCGAGCUUUCACCACCAAGCAGAAGGCCAUGGGCAAGGAGGACUUCACCAAGAUCCCGCACGGAGUCAGCGGAGUGCAGGACCGCAUGGCCGUCAUCUGGGAACGUGGUGUGGUCGGGGGCAAGAUGGACGAGAACCGCUUUGUUGCCAUCACCAGCUCCAACGCUGCCAAGAUACACAACCUGUACCCGCGUAAGGGACGCAUCAUCCCCGGAGCGGACGCGGACGUGGUGGUUUGGGACCCCGAGGCCACAAAGACCAUCUCAGCCAGCACCCAGGUCCAGGGCGGGGACAUUAACCUGUACGAGAACAUGCGCUGCCACGGGGUGCCCCUGGUCACCAUCAGCCACGGGCGUGUGGUCUACGAGAACGGCGUCUUCAUGUGUGCCGAGGGCACCGGCAAGUUCUGCCCGCUCCGCUCCUUCCCAGACUCUGUGUACAAGAAGCUGGUGCAACGAGAAAAGAGUUUAAAGCUUAAGAGCGUGGACCGCACCCCAUACCUGGGGGACGUGGCCGUGGUUGUGCACGCGGGGAAAAAAGAGACGGGGACGCCUCUUGCAGACACCCCCACCCGGCCGGCCACGAGACACGGGGGCAUGAGGGACCUCCACGAGUCCGGCUUCAGCCUUUCCGGUUCUCAAAUCGAUGACCAUGUUCCAAAGCGAGCUUCGGCCCGGAUUCUCGCUCCCCCCGGAGGCAGGUCUAGCGGCAUUUGGUAGCUGCCCCGAAGACUUGUCCCCCAACUAAGGACACGGUCACCACCGCCCCCACUUUGCCCGGCUGCCGCCCGCCCGCCCACCCACCCGCCCACUCACGCCCCGCACCCUGUGCGCUCGAGGCGGCCGUGCCUUCCUCCACCGGAGCCGCCCAACAACAACCGGCAGGCGCCCAACGCCCAGCGGACCCUCCCCGGGAAUGAGGAUGAGAGGGUGGGCCGAAGCCCCCUCCUCAGCCCAACACGGCUGCAAUGAACGCAGGGGGAGGGGAUGAGGGAAGGUCCCCUGCCUCUUCCCAGUGGAGGGUGGGGGGCUUCCACCCCCCCAAAUGCUGCGGGGCGAGGGAGGCUGGCCUGGGGAGGGGGCUGGGCCAAGGGGGCCUAUCUGUGCUGGUUCCUUUCUGUUUUGCACGUUGGUUUUUUUGGAUCAGUGACAUUUGACUUGUUUGUGCAUCACGUGGGAAACAAAAAGCAUUACUGAAAUAUGGUGGUUUGUGUGGCUAGCAGUAGGAUAGAAGGGGGGGAGGCCCAGGGCAGAGGGGACGGGCCCGAGGGUGCGGGCACCCCACUCACCCCCCACUCACUUCCAAGCAAUGCCCACCUUGGCUGCGUGGACGGAGGGGUUUCCGCUGAGUUUUGCCAGAAGAGCUGCCUCCCUCUCUCCUUCCUUCCCUCCUUCUCUCCAUCUUCCCCUUCCCCACCUUCUCCCUCGUGGGGUUCGCUGUGGGUGUCUUCCACCCUUCCUCCCAGCAGCCUCCCUAUUCCCACUUGAAUGACGGCAAAACUGAGGGGGUGUCCCCUCCCUUGCCCCAACCCCUUGCAUCUCACUCUGUGUAGCUGUGAGAUGUUGGGAAGGUAGCCUGAUCGUUAGAGUAGGAGGUGACUGGGAGCAAGAGUACUUCUCCUCCUCCUCUUCCUCCUCCUUGUCCAGCCUCCUCUCAGGCCAGGGUUGUGUUCUCUGCCCCUUUCCCUUGGAUAGCCAGGCACGGGGGCUCCCCAAGACCCUCCUCUCCCUGCUCUUUCUGAAGCCACAGAGUCCCAAGGGACGGCCUGUGGGUGGGUCUCGGGAGUGUGCUUGGGGGUAAGAGUGGGAGGCAGGCUACUGUGACCCCUCAGCUAUGUCCUCAUUGCCCCAGAUGCUGGUUCUUGCAGAUACAGCCCCUAGAAACCCAGGUUAAGAGGAGAGCAGAGGUCUGAAGACUAGGUUUCCAGCACUACAGCACCCCACCUUUCUCUGUGCUUACUAGUUGCAGGACAAAGCAGCCACACUGGGUUGGGGUAAAUCCGAUCUUCCACACCUCCAGUAUUGUAGUGAGGCAGAGCCCACUCCUGCACUGGCUGGAGCUUGGGCUAGAUGGCCUUUGGGUGCCUCUUUCCGUACCAUGAUUCUGUGAUUCCUGUGCAAUGGCCAAGGUUAGAGAAUGCCCAUGGGGAUGCUGCUCCCAGCAUGCUCUGGCUCUCCAAGCCCCCCAUCUCCUUCCAACAUGAUGGUGCUAACCCCUUGCUGCCCCUCCUGCCCAGCCCUGUGCUCUGUGCCCUCGCCCACCCCGGACCCCCUGCCCACCGGGUCUCCCUCUGACGUAGUGUGAAAAUGUGAGCUGUUUCUUGUGCACCUCCUCUCCCCACUAGUUGGUUCCCGUAGGUGUGUGAGGCCAGGUGGCCCCGGCGCGACGGAGUCCUCGGCUCCCAGGACCGCAGAGGAGGACUCGGCUUCGGAGCGCAGCCUCCCCCUCCCCUUGUUACAUGUUGGAAUAGUCUUGUAAUGGCUGUUUUUAGCACCUGCCGUGCGUUUUCUGUUCCUCAUUAAAGAGAGUUCUCACGAUAACGAUAA